AUGAAAACCCCUGAGUACUUAGUUCCUCUGAGAGAAGAGCUCACGGCUGCUCUAAAACAAACCGAUAAUGCAUGGAGCCUUGACAUUUUCAAACAUACCCCUAAGCUGGAGAGCUUUACUAAGGAGUGUCUCCGUGUUUUCACACCGUCUGCACUUAUCGAGAUCAUGAGAGACAAGCGGUCGGAGGAUUUGGAAAUGCAGAUCAUUCAAGGUCUUCAAUUUGACAGUCUUCAGCUGCCUCAGGACUUGUUAUGGGACGAUGCUGGGCAGACACUAUUUGAUGAGUUGUGCGAUUCCUCGACUUAUUACCUUACAAGAAAGGAGAAUGAAAUCUUACAGAACCACUCCUCUGAUAUGGCUGCGACAAUACCUGAGGGAAGUGCGCUCAUUGAGCUCGGUUGUGGGAGCUUGCGGAAGUCCGGAAUUCUAUUAUCCGCCCUGGAAAAAAGCCACAAGGCAGUAACAUACUACGCCCUGGAUGUGUCCCAGGAGUCUCUGCAAAACGGUCUGGCUCAACUCCAUAAAGGCCUUGGGCACCUUGAUCAUGUCGAGCUGCGAGGCCUUUGGGGCACAUACGAAGACGGCAUAGCGUGGCUUGCAGAUCAACAUCCUUUGAACGCCCACAAGAGUAUCACCUUCCUCUGGAUGGGAAACAGCAUGACCAAUAUGCAUCUCGGCCAAACGCAGUCACUCCUGUCUCGCAUGGCUGAUACCUGUAUUGGCUCGGGGAUCCAAUGCCAGCUUCUGGUAUCUGUUGAUAGCUGCUCGGGUGAGGACAUUGUGAUGGGCGCUUAUAACAAGGAUUCUCCACCGCUUAAGGAUUUUAUAAUGAAUGGGCUGCAAUCCGCGAACCGCAUUCUAGGGCAGGAUGUAUUUUGCGCUUCUGAUUGGACAUUUGACACAUUUCUGGACCGUGUGCAAAACCAGGUCCAGGUGUUUUACACUCCCACCCGUGACGUUAGCAUCCACAUUAAUUCACAACAGUGCAAAAUCACCAAAGGGGAGAAAGUUGCAGUUAUAAGUAGCGGGAAAUGGCCAGAGCCAUACUUCCGGUCCAUGGUGGAAGGAAUUGGUCUGCAGGUGCUUGACGUGUGGAGGGACAGCGACCAGGUCUAUUCAUCUAUUCGACAGAGGACAAACAGGGAAAGGAGGAGUGGAUUAACCUUAUUGCUCAAUAUACAUAACUAUAUUCGCUCUGACAUCGAGGGUACUUGCGUCUCCUGA